CAUCAAUCUUUGCUUGGUUGACUACCACUGGUUUUCACUUCCGGGAUAUAAUCACGUGACUGAAUACAAAGCAAUCGAACAGUUGAGCAGUCGAAGAGCAAGGGCAACGAUAACUACUUCAUCAACUUCACGUUAAGCCUGGCGCCAGCUGAAGCGUAAUGCAUCCAGAGCAGCCCACAACAGGCUUCACCCUUUGGAGACAACUGGCAGAUUCAGCAGCCCGGGGCACAUGGAGCGCUGGCCUACUGCAGGGCCUGAUUCAGAGUUCUGGGCCUCCUUGCCUCGGCCCCCUGCUCCCCAGGGUCCAUGCAGCUGACAUGGCUUCUGCCCAGCCGGCACAGAUGCCCUCAUCUCCCUCCUCCACCUGCGCUGCUCCUGCACACACCCUUACACCUAGCACCAUGCCAGACAACCUGCGCAAGCCAGAAUUCCCAGACACGGGCUGGGACCGCAUUAAAGAUCUUUUUCAGAAAAAUGCAUCCGAGAGCUACUCAGAGGAGGUGGCCAACGUGCUAAAAAGCGGAUUUGCGGCUGCUAUACUAGGCUUUGUUUACGGUGGCCUGCCUGCAGCUCGCCACGCCAAGCAGAGAUAUAUCCAAAUGAGCCAAGCUGAACUCUACAGUUGUCGUGUAGAAGCAGUGCGUGCGGCCCACAAUGCAGCUAUCCGCGGUUUUGUGAGGUAUGGAAUCCGAUGGAGCUGGAGAAUCGCUGCAUUCGUCACCCUUUUCAAUUCUGUCAGCACAGGCCUAUCGGUUUACCGGGACAAAUACACCCUUGGCAAUUAUGCCGCAGCUGGAGCUGUGGCUGGAGGUCUUUAUAGGCUGAACCUGGGCCUGCGAGGUCUGGUGGCAGGCAGCAUCAUCGGAGCAGUGUUGGGGAUUCCGACGGGCGCACUGAUCCUCGGCGUAAACUCACUGGCAGGAGAAAAUGUCAGAGUAAAGAGGCGGCGUGAGCGUGAGGAGAUGUAUGAACACCAGCUGGCAGAAUGGACGACCAGACUUCACCUGACUGAUGAGUUGAUAGGCAAUCUGAACGUGGGCUCGAAGACAGAGAAGGAUAUGGAGAGGAUCCAGGAGAUCCUUAGUUUAUCGCAGAAUGAGGAUGUUGGUCAAGACUCUUCCUGAUGAACACUGAAGGUGCGACUUGACAUAACCGUUACAUUUGGACUCUGCACAACCUCCCUAAUGUGUUUUGAUUCUUAUGGGAACUGCACUUUUUAUGUACUUUUGCCUAUCGUUCAUAAUCAUUAUGAGAGACAAGACGACAGUUGUUGUUUUUUUAAUGCAUUCUAACUCCUAAAUAACAGUCUACUUAUAAUGGAGUUCAUGGGAGGUCCUCUAUUCCGCCCAUAAAUCCCUCUAAAAAACAUCCUAAAAGAGCCAAAAAUACAAAAUUUGUAUUCGUGACUUGAAUUUUAACCAACUAUUAGUGGUAUUGUUAUUAUAAGUGCUAAAGCAGAUAAAUUAUUUUUAGCGGUGCCGUGACCAGAGGGAUUUAACAAUUUGUGUAUUGCUGUGUUGACAUCACUGACUGGUGAGCUGCUUUUACUCCUUGGAACUUGCAAAAGUUUAUUCCAGAUCAUAAAUAAUGCCUCUCACCUGGAUAGUAGAAGGAUGAAGACAUAAAUUAACAAGUUGAUCAACUUUGGCAUCCAAUUUAGAUCCAGUAAUGGCGAGAAACACACACAAAGGAUGCUUGGUCUGCGCUUGGUUCCACCCACCUUUGUUCUUCACAAGGAUUAUGAGUCAUUCUUCAUCAAACACGAUUACAACAAGCCUGUAUCAGUCCGCAUCCUAGUGACAGCAGAUGCGUUUUUUAAAUUAAUACGAUGCCGAAUGCUUAAACUGAUCAAAAUAGUUAAAUAUUCAAUGUUAUUAUAGAUGUGCAUGUUACUGCAUUACAUAUAUAUUAACAGCAUGUAUAUUACACCUUAAUGAAAGUGUUUGGAUGUUUUAAUGUGUGCUUUAUAAGCAGAAUAGAGCGACUUCCAUAGGAUUUGAUCGCAUUUAUUUAAUAUUUAGAAUGCAUAAAAAAAGAGAACGUGUUCUUGUCUUACGUAAGGAUUGUGAAUGAUAGGCAAAAUUCCAAAUAAGUGCAGUUCCUCUUUAAGUAUUAGGCCUAUUUUAAAUGAUCAAGAAAAAUUGUACAUAUUUCAAGCCAAUAAAUAUUGUCUGUAGAUCAA